CGGGGAGUUUCCCGGAGGGCACAGAGAUAUGGUGGGCUAAGUGAUCCCCGCUGGGAGCCGGACUCCAGAAGGCUCACCUCCCCCACGGCUCUCCGCGGGCAGGCGGAGCCGGUGAGCGAUCAGCAGCUGCUGAGCAAUGGAGUCCUGGCUGGAGAAGCGCUGGGCGCGGCCCCUGUACCUGGCCUUCGUGUUCUGCCUGGCCCUCGGGCUGCUGCAGGCCAUCAAGCUCUACCUGCGGAGGCAGCGGCUGCUGAGAGAGCUGCGCCACUUCCCUGCGCCCCCCACCCACUGGUUCUACGGCCACCAGAAGCUGCUUCAAGAUGGUAAAAUGGAGAAGCUUGAGGAGUUUGUUGAAAAAUACCCCUGUGCAUUUCCUUGCUGGGUUGGGCCCUUCCAGGCAUUCUUCUAUGUAUAUGACCCUGACUAUGCAAAGACAUUUUUAAGCAGAACAGAUCCCAAGUCCAAGUUCCUGUAUAAGUUCUUGAUGCCAUGUCUUGGAAAAGGACUUGUGAGUCUAGAUGGACCAGAGUGGUUCCAGCAUCGUCAUCUAGUAACUCCUGCAUUCAGUUUUAACACCUUGAAAUCCUAUGUCGAUGUGAUGACCCAAUCUGUAAACAUAAUGCUGGGUAAAUGGGAGGAAAUUUGUGGUACUCGGGACACAGGCGUAGAAGUCUUUGAGCACAUCAGCUUGAUGACCUUAGAUAUACUCCUGAAAUGUGCUUUCAGCCAAGAGACCAACUGCCAAAUAAACAGUAACCAUGAUACUUAUGUAAAAGCAAUGUUUGACUCCAGCAAAAUCACUUUUUACCACCUGUACAGCUUCUUACAUCACCAUGACAUAAUUUUCAAGUUCAGCCCUGAAGGCCACCGCUUACAAGAGAUAAGUGAAGUGUUGCAACAGUAUGCAGAAAAGGUAAUCCGGGAUAGAAAGAAAUCCCUCAAGGAUAUAAAGAAUCAAGAUAAUGCUCAGAAGAAGAAUUACCCUGAUUUUUUGGAUAUUCUCCUUUCUGCUCAGGCUGAAAACUGUGACAGCUUCUCAGAUACUGACCUACAGUCUGAAGUGAACACAUUCAUCUUGGCAGGACAUGACACUACAGCAGGGGGCAUCUCUUGGCUCCUCUACCACCUGGCACUGAAUCCUGAGCAUCAGGAGAAAUGCCGGGAUGAGAUCAGGAGCAUCCUGGGGGAUGGGUCUUCUAUCACCUGGGACCAGUUGAGUGAGAUGUCGUACACUACAAUGUGCAUCAAGGAGUCUCUCCGAUUGGCCCCUCCAAUCCAAUCCAUUUCCAGAGAACUCAGCAAGCCCAUUACCUUCCCUGAUGGACACUCCUUGCCUGCAGGAAUAACUGUGGUUCUCAGUAUUUGGGGUCUUCAUCACAAUCCUGCCAUCUGGGAAGAGCCAAAGGUCUUUGACCCCUUGAGGUUCUCUCUGGAAAAUUCUGAUCAGAGACACUCCUAUUCCUUCUUGCCAUUCUCAGCUGGACCAAGGGAUUGUAUCGGGCAGCAUUUUGCCAUGGUUGAGUUAAAGGUAGCCAUUGCCUUGAUCCUGCUCCACUUCAAGGUGACACCAGACCCCACCAGGCCUCUUAUCUUCUUGCCCCAGGUUAUUCUCAAACCUCAAAAUGGAGUGCACCUAUAUCUGAAGAAACUCUCCAAAUGAUAGAUUCCAGGGUACCAUAAUUAUAAGCAUUUUGUUUUAAAGUUAAAUGAUAGCUAGUAGCCAAGCAAUGAAGAGAAAUAACAUUUGGUGGAAGGGGUUAGUCAGGGUCUCUGUAGAACUGCACAUUGUCCCAAAACAUUGGAUACAGAGUGUCACCUGAAACUAUUCUGUGUGACUUUAGGUUUUCAGAUCAUUUCUAUUUGGUAAUAGCUACUACUAGUACUGUGAAUGAAGAAUUUUGUUGGGUGAGUCUCACAUAAUUUCUGUUGUUUUAAAAUUGGUUUACACUUUACAUAAUGGGUAUAAUAUGGGUAUAAUUGGUGAAUGUAUGCUCACUAUUAAAGGUUUCCAACACUGGAAAAGCAUGGAAAAUAAAAAUUCCACUUCAUAUAGCCUAUUCCUCCCUAUCUUGAACAGUCCUACUGUUUUUCCUAAAAACAGAACAAUUUAAUGUGCAUCAUUUCAUAUUUUUCCUAUAUAUUUCACUUGUACAUAUGUAUGUAUGCAUUCCUAUAGAUAUGACCAUAUUCAUAUUGUUCUUCCAUUUUUCAUUUGGUGAAAAUAAAUCCCUUUCCUAAUUAUGGAAGUAUUCUAUAGUGCUAGUAUAGGGUCAUUCAGUAUUUAUGGUAUAAUUUAAUUACUUUUCUAUUGUUGAAUAUUAAAGUUAUUUUCUAUGGCAUAGUUAUUAGCCAUUAAUCUAUUAUCCUUGAUCUGUCUUCAGUGAUUAUACAUCACCUAUGUUCAUUUUUCUAUGGGUGUUUUGUCAUUUCUUAUUCUUUGUAUAUUGUGGAGAAUAAUCUUUGAUUCUAUUUUUUCCUUAUAAUUUCCCCCAUUAUUUUACUUGUCUUGAACUGCAUUUAAGAUGUUUGUUGCCAUACAUGGACUUUUUUUUUCUUGGGAGAGUCUGCAUUAGAUAAUAAAGUUUUUUUUGGAAUAUUAUGAUACUCUAG